AUGCAUUCAUUGAAAGGCUACCUCGUAGGCUUGACGCUCAGCCUGAUGCUGGUGUCGGAGACUACCUGCCACCCUGCUGAUGUUGGUUCGUCUCUCUUGAAACGCGGCCGGGACUUUGGUGGUGGCGAUGGCCACGGCCCCGGGUUCUAUGGUGGUGGGGACUCCCCUUCUUGGAAUGGCGACAAGCCCGAUUACGGUGAUGGCAAGGCCGGCCGCGGCGAUUGGCCUGGGUAUGGAGGCCCUCACGGACCGAGCCCCGAGGUCAAUGCCCCUGAGGUUCCCAAGAAACCUGCUCCUGAGAAGCCAGCACCCGAGAAGCCCGCUCCGGAGAAGCCAGAGCCCGAGAAGCCAAAGCCUGAAAAGCCAAAGCCCGAGAAGCCAGAGCCCGAGAAGCCAAAGCCUGAGAAGCCAGAGCCCGAGAAGCCAGAGCCCGAGAAGCCAGCACCCGAGAAGCCAGAGCCCGAGAAGCCAAAGCCCGAGAAACCAAAGCCCGAGAAGCCUGCUCCUGAGAAGCCUGUCCCCGAAAAGCCAGUUCCUGAGAAGCCAGUUCCUGAGAAGCCCGUUCCCGAGAAGCCUGUCCCUGAAAAGCCAGUUCCUGAGAAGCCCGUUCCUGAGAAGCCUGUCCCGGAGAAGCCUAUCCCAGAGAAGCCCGUCCCCGAAAAGCCGGUUCCCGAGAAGCCUGUUGUUCCCGUCGUCCCCACUACUGAAGCUCCUAAGCCUGUGGUGCCUACUCCCGAGAAGCCUUCCACGGCGGCUCCCGUCGUUCCCACCACCGAAGUUCCCGCUCCUAAGCCUACUACCGAAAAGCCCACUGAGAAGCCUGCGCCCACGAAGCCCGCGCCCUCGCCCGAGAAGCCGAGCCCUGAGAAGCCUGAGACCUCAACCGCUGAGGCAAAGCCGACCAACGUCCCUGUCAGUGCCGCCACUAUUGGCGCGAUUGCCAACCUUGGCCUCCUUGCUGGCGCUUUGGUGAUGGCAGUGCUCGCCUAG